AUGACUAAAAAUAUAAAUAAUAAACAAAACAACAACAAUAAUAACAAUACCUCUAAUAAUGGAUCACAGUCACCAAGUUUAACAGAUGAUAUACGGUGUCCAUCUUGUCAAAAAACAUUUUUAUUUAUACAUAUAGAUAGUCAUAUAAAUCAAUGUAUCGACCAAAAAAGCAAAGAAGAAUUAAUUAAUAAUAACAAUAAUAAUAAUAAUAAUAAUAAUAGUAAUAAUAAUAGUAAUAGUUAUAAUAGUAAUAAUAAUAAUAAUAAUAAUAAAAUACCGAAUCAAUCACAAAAAAAAUUUAAUAUAGAGGAUGACAUUGAUCUUGAUUUAGAUGAUUCCGAUAUCAUUAUAUCUCCAAAUUCUCCUCAACAAUCAGAACAAAUUUUAUUACCACCAUAUGAUGAUGAAUUCAAUAACAAAAAAAAUGACAAAAAUAUCAGUAUAUCCAACCCAUUCCCCACACAAAAUACAUCAACAACAACAACCAACACGACUACAGUUUAUAAAUCACCACAAAAAAACUUUUCCUAUACAUUUCCUUUGAAACCAAAAGCCAAAUCUCAAACAAAUUCAAAAUCCAUUUCAAAUUUUUUUAAACCUUUAAAUAAUGAAAAUAAUAAUAGUAAUAAUAACCCUAUUGUAUUAGACCCAUCACCAGCAAAUAAUAAUAAUAAUAAUAAUAAUAAUAAUAGUAACAAUAAUAAUAAUAACAAUAAUAACGAUUUUAAAUAUAGCUUUCAAAAAAAUUUUGAUAAAAAAACAAUAUUUAAUAAACCAUUGGCAGAAAUUAUGAGACCAACUGAAUUUUUAGAUUUUAUUGGUCAAGAAGAAUUAAUGCACAAUUCAAUUAUAUUAAAUUUAUUUAAGAGUGAAUCACCACCAUCAAUUAUUUUGUACGGUCCACCAGGCUGUGGUAAAACAACAUUAGCAAAGAUUAUUACUAAAAAAUCAAAUGCAAAUUAUUUAGAAUUAUCUGCUGUAGGCUCUGGUGUUAAAGAUGUUAAAGAAGCUAUCGAUAAAGCCAAAAACUCUCUAAUGUUUGGUAAAAAAACAAUCUUGUUUAUAGAUGAAAUACAUAGAUACAACAAAUCGCAACAAGAUGUUUUAUUACCAGCAAUAGAAUCAGGUACAAUUAUAUUAAUAGGAGCAACAACUGAAAAUCCAUCAUUUGAAAUUAAUAAUGCUUUAUUAUCAAGAUGUAAAGUAUUCAGGUUAGAGAAACUUUUAAAAAAAGAUAUUAUUGAAAUUAUUAAAAGAACAAUCGAAAUGACACCAUUAAUACACGAAAACCUAACAUUAGAUUUAGAAGAUGGAACCAUUGAAACACUCGCAGAAAUCAGUGAAGGUGAUGCAAGAGUAGCAAUAAAUGUUUUAGAAAUGGCCAUUAAAGCAUUCAAAAACAAUUUAUCUUACGAAGAGGAAUUAGAAAUUAAGAAAAAAGGUUUAAAAAAAAAUAUUCAAGUCUCUAGGAAACAAUUAGGUGUAUUAUUACAAAGAACAAGUCUUAUUAACGACAAGCAUGGUGACUCAUUUUAUGAAUUAAUUUCGGCAUUGCAUAAGGCAGUAAGAGGAAGUGACCCAAAUGCCACUGCAUACUGGUGUGUACGUAUGCUAGAAUCUGGUUUUAAUCCUAUUUAUAUUGCUAGACGUAUGAUUCGUAUGGCAUCAGAGGACAUUGGAUUAUCUGAUAACACCGCAUUACCUUUAGCUGUGAGUGCUUUCAAUGCGGCCCAAUAUAUUGGAAUGCCAGAAUGUUCAUGUGCUAUAUUACAAUGUGCAGUUUAUUUAGCAAGUGCCCCAAAAUCAAACUCUCUUGAUCUUUGGUAUGCAAAAACUAAAGAAUAUUUAGCAAACAACUCAUCACCACCAGUACCAAUUCAUCUUAGAAAUGCACCAACAAAUUUAAUGAAAAGUUGGGGAUAUGGAAAAGACUAUCAGUAUAAUCAUGCAUUUGAUGAUCAAUCAUUAGUAACACAAUCAUAUUUGCCAGAAGAAAUUAAAAGAGAAACUUUUUUCGACUAUAAACUAACAUGCAUGUCUUUAAAAGAUAGAAUGAAUAAUGAAGGUUAUAGAAAUGAUGAAAUUCAAAAUAGAUACAAUAAUAACCCCAACAAAAAGCAAAAAAUAGAUUCAAAUAACAAUAAAUCAAAUAAUACAAAUAAUGAUACCAGUUUUAUCGAUGAUGAUUCUAUAGAAUCUUUAGAAUCUUCAGAUUUUAAACUUGAUUCCUAA